AUGGAGCGCUUCACGCAAGAGGCAUUUGACGAGCAUUCUCGGCAGAACCCGCUGCUGGUCCUCGACGACGUGCUCACGCGGCAUGUGCACCAGAGUCCCUCGCCAAUUCUCUUUGCGUAUCCUCGUGCGGAUCGAGAGGGUGGCGACGGCGACUACUACGAGACUUUUACGGCGGCGCAGCUCGACGGCUACGUGGACGCGGUUGUGCGGCACCUCGUCCAGUCUGGACACGAACCGAAUCUCGGACGCGUGGUGGGGAUGCUGGGAAACCCCAACCUCGACUGGGUCGUCCAUCUCUUUGCGCUCUCUCGCCUUGGGUACUGCGUCGUCAUGAUGUCGCUUCGCCAGAAAGCCGUUGGUCUUGCGAGUCUGCUAGGAUCCGCGCGCGGCGACGCCGUGGUGUACGACGAAGCCACGCCCGACACGGCGGACCUCGUCCAGGGCAUCGUCGCGUUGCAGCCACCCACUUCGGCGAUUCCAUUCGUUCCGCGCUCCGUCUAUACGGCGGCGGCCGCCGUCAGGAACACCUCCACCCCCAAACCGCCGCGCUUCUUCUUCCCCCGCGAGAAGCAGACCGACACCACCGCCGUCUUCUUCUCGACGUCGGGCUCGACGGGGCUCCCGAAACCCAUCCCCUACCGACACGACGACAUGGCGCUGUCGCUAUUCACGUCGUCGCUGCCGCUCACCAGCCUGCUCUCGUGGCCGUCCUACCACGGCUGGGGACUGGGCAUCCUUCUCGGCACCAUGCACGCGGGCAAGACAUGCUACGUCAUGGACACCGGACCAGAGUUGACACCCGGCGCGCUGAUUGAGGCGCUCGAGGCGGCACGGCCAGAGUUCUUGCCCGCGCCGCCGUACAAUGUCGGGCUCAUUGCGCAGACGCCUCGCGGACUGGCGUGUCUGCAGGCGGCCGAGUACGUCACCACGGGCGGCGCGAGGCUGCCGGACGAGCUGGGCAAGUAUCUGGUCGAGCACGGCGUCAACAUCAGCACGUCUCUGGGGAGCUCGGAAGCGACGCGCAACUUUGCCACAUCCAUGUGGCGCGCGCGCGGGGAUCCGGAGUGGGAUUACGUUGAGAUUCCGCCGGUGCUGCGGCCGCACAUUCUGCUGGAUCCGGUGCCUGGCAACGCGCCGCUGCACGAGAUUGUGUUUUUGCGCAGCUUCCCCGGGCUGAGUCACGUGGAGGAGGGAAAUGUUUUUCGCACGGGGGAUAUGAUGCGGCCGCACGAGGACCCGCGGCGGGAUACGUGGAAGUUUGUGUGCAGAGAAGGGGACUUUACGGCGCUGAGCACGUCGAUGAAGGUGCUGGGCGUGCCGUUUGAGGAGCGCUUGCGGGCGAGCCCGCUGGUGGAGGAGGCGGUGGUGGUGGGUGUGGGGAGGACGGUGCCGGGGCUGCUGGUGGUGCCCGCGACGAGAGAGGAGGAGGAGGAGGAGGAGGAGGAGGAGGAGGACGGCGACGACGAGGAUGAUGGGGAGAGGUUCGUGGAGAGAGUGUGGCCGCUGGUGGAGGAGGCAAACGGCGUGGUGCCGGGGCAUGCGGAGGUUUCGAGGGACAUGGUGCGGGUGCUGCCGCGGACGGCGAGGCUGCCGAGGACGGACAAGGGGAAUGUGAUGCGGCAGAGGGUGUAUACAGAGUUUGCAAGUGAAAUUGAGGGGCUGUAUGCAGAGGAAAAAAGGGGGUAA